AUGGGUUCCGUCGCUGGAUUAACUCCCAACCAACUCCAACUCAUCAAGGCUACCGUGCCGGUCCUUGUUGAGCAUGGCAAGACCAUCACUACGGUGUUCUACAAGAACAUGCUCGCUGCCCACCCGGAGCUGAAUAACGUGUUCAACGUCCCCAACCAGCGCAAUGGCCAUCAGCCCCGUGCCCUUGCUGGCGCCCUCUUCGCCUAUGCCGCCAACAUGGACAACUUGGGAGCUCUGGGCCCUGCCGUUGAGCUGAUUUGCCACAAGCACGCUUCUCUGUACAUCCAGCCUGAGCAGUAUGAGAUCGUUGGCAAAUUUCUCCUCGAGGCAAUGGGCGAGGUCCUCGGAGAUGCCCUUACCCCCGAGAUCAAGGAGGCUUGGGGAGCCGCCUAUUGGCAACUCGCUGAUAUCAUGAUCGGCCGCGAGAAGCAGAUCUACCAGGAGAGCAAGGGCUGGACUAACUGGCGCGAGUUCAAGAUCACCGACAAGGUCCAGGAGUCCGAGGAGAUCACCUCUUUCUAUUUGGCCCCAGUCGAUGGCCAGCCUCUGCCAGUCUUCCAGCCUGGCCAGUACAUCUCCGUGCAGGUCAACGUGCCCGAGCUCCAGUGCCUGCAGCCUCGUCAGUACUCGCUCAGUGACCAGCACUCCCAGGACUACUACCGCAUCAGUGUCAAGAAGGAGAAGGGCCUGCCAGCCACCGACUCGGCUGCUGCAACUCACCCUGGCUACGUGUCCAACCUCUUGCACGACCGGUACAACAAGGGUGACAUCAUCAAGGUCUCUCACCCCUGCGGUGACUUCUUCUUGUCCGCCACUGCCGUGGAACCCACUACCCCGGUUGUCCUCCUCUCUGCUGGCGUCGGCUUGACCCCUAUGACCUCCAUCUUGAACACCCUGGCUUCCAAGACCGCCUCUACCGAGCGCAAGCUGCACUUCAUCCACGGUGCUCGCACCUCUGGAGCCCGCGCUUUCAAGAACCACAUUGCCGAUUUGAAGAAGAGCCACGCCAACCUCCAGGCUACCUUCUUCACCAGCAACCCCACCGAAGCUGAGACGCAGGGCGUCGACUUUGACUACGUCGGCCGCGUAGACUUGAGCAAGCUGGACGCCAACAAGGACCUUUUCAUGGACAUUUCCACCACGGAAUACUACAUCUGUGGUCCUGACAAGUUCAUGACCGACAUGCAGACCACUCUCAAGGAACAAGGUGUGGCUGCCGACCGCAUCAAGAUGGAACUGUUCGGCACUGGCGGCAUUAACUAG